AUAUAGAGUCUAUUGAAUAUAACUUUUAAUAAAGCUGUGUUUGACCGGGAUCAUUGAAAAAAUAAUUUCUUUCUGAAAAACGCAGUCUGUCACUGAUGCAGACAUGUUUAUAACAAGGGUUUGGAUUGCAAUCGUAACUUUUGUUUACCAUUUUUCUUUAUGUGAACAGAGCACUUUUUCGCAAGAGCAACGACUGUUUACAAGUUUAUUUCAAAACUAUAGCGUUGAGUCUAGGCCCGUUUUACAAGCUUCUGACCCCGUGAUCAUUUAUAUAACAACAGACAUAGUGAAAAUAGAUGCGGUUAACGAAAAAACCCAAGCAAUGACAUUAAAGGUUCACGUAAAGCACGAAUGGAAAAACAGCCUCUUAACAUGGGAUCCGGAAGAAUACGGUGGGGUUGAUAAAAUUGUGGUACCAGUUUCAAAAAUUUGGACUCCAUUUAUUCAUUUAUAUAACCAUGCAUUGCAGGUUUAUAGUGAGAAAUUUCAACCUGACGAAUCUUACAUGGUUUUAUUAGACUAUAGAGGCAACUGUACGCGCUUUUUUUCACAUUUCUUUAUCAGCAGUUGUGACAUAAAAGUGAAUAGUUUUCCUUUUGAUGAACAUAUAUGUCUGAUGGAGUUUGGAUCAUGGACAUACGAUGAAAGCUUACUUCAAGUUAUUCCGACACAUAGCAAUGCAGUCAGUGAAGAGUAUGUGAUCAACGGGGAGUGGGAACUUUUGAGUGCUUUAAUCACUGGGUUGAGAAAAAAAUACAGAAUACAAACUUUAUAUCACAGUAGCAUUCAAAUUAGAGUUCACAUUCAAAGAAAGCAUUUAUUCUUUGUAAUGAAUCUUGUAAUACCAUGCGCUUUGAUUGCUUCUAUGAUUUUUCUUGUCUUUCUUCUUCCUCCAAAAUCUGGUGAACGAAUAUCUCUAGGAAUCACUGUGCUUUUGUCAAUGGCUAUAUUUCAAGAGCUAUCGUCCGAAAAGCUUCCAACAAGUUCUGAAAACUUUCCUCUAUUAGGAGUCUACUACACAAUAUCAAUGUUUGAGAUUGGCAUUGCUAUGGCAAUGAAUUGUUUUAUUUUGAAUUUAUACUACCGCAACUAUGAUAUGCCUCAUUGGGUUCGUAGUUUGGUUUUAGGACACUUGGCAAAAGUUGUUCGAGUUGAUGUACCGCUUCGAUACAUCACAGAAAUCUUUGUGGAAGUUGAUUGCCCGUCUGAACAAAGUAAAGGAAGAUUAUCAGCGUCAAAUAUGUCAAGCGAACAACCCAGCGAUGACCCUAGCUUUCGUAUUAAGUCGUCGGGCAAUGAUUCGUUUUGUUUAUCAAACAGUAAAGCUAGCUACAAAUCCAAAAAAAAGAAAAUGUCUUAUGUUAAAAAAGACAUGGGUGAAGAUUGGAGAAUGGUUGCGCGAAUUGUUGAUCGACUUAUGUUAUUCCUUUCUGUUGUAAUCGGAGUUGUAUCGGCAGUAACAAUUUUUCUACAAACAGAUAGAUUUAAAAAAUUUUUAUACGGUUAGGUCAUUUAUUGAGAAAAUUAUGAAGAAA